AUGGGAAGAUGGCCAGAAUUAAAGUUGAGACGACCCAAAUCCUUGUCAGAGCUUCGAGUCUACGCUACUUCAGAGGAAAGCAUAACGAAAUACUUUGAUGAACUGGAGACAAUUCUUGAAAAGUAUGACCUCAAAUUAUCUCCUGAAAACAUAUAUAACGUGGAUGAGAAGGGAAUUAGUAUGACUCACGCACCUCCGUAUGUUGUAGGAUCCACAGACGAGGUUCCAAUUGAAAUAUCGCCAGAAAGAUCAUCCACAGUCACUAUGAUAGGGUGUGGCAAUGCACUGGGUCAACAAAUCCCACCAUAUUUCAUUUUUCCUGGGGCUCGAAUGCGCCAAGAAUUAUUAGAAGGAGCCACCAUUGGUACGAAUGGCACUGUUAUGCGGAAUGGAAUCAUCCUGUUUGUUCUACCACCUCAUACAAGCCAUAUCCUUCAGCCGAUGGAUGUGGGUUGUUUUGGACCGUUUUCUAAAGUUUUCAGUGAUGAAUCUCGAAAAUGGCAACGUUCUCAUUCUGGAACUCUCACCCGCUACAAUGUCUGCUCUAUUGCAUGUCGAGCUUACGACAUCUCGCUGACUCCCAGGAAUCUUCAGAGUGCUUUCAGGAAGAGUGGGAUUUAUCCAUUUUACCCAACAGCAAUUGAUUCAUCUCUGUUGAAACCUGCCCAGUAUGCUAAAAAGAGAAGAGCUGAACAAUCUACAGAAACUGCGAGUAACAAUGCCGAUAUUUCUCAACCACAAGACAGAAACACUGUUAACAAUUUCUUUUCAAGUCACCUGCCAGUUGUACACCACGAUAAACCCAAUCAGUCUAAACCCAGGCGUUCAGCUCACAAGGUUGUUGGUGGAAAACCAAUUACAGAGCCAGCUGUAUCAUCCCAACUGUAUGAAUAUGUCUCUUCCUCUAAAAAACCCAAAGUUGUUUCUUCAAGAAAAACAAAAGCUGUAGUACCAAUCAAAGAAUCAAAUUCACCGCAGCCAGGGCUCUCAGGAGUUGAUAACGGGCUGAUAUCAAGUGACAACUUCUCGGAAUCGGAAACUGAAGAUGACGAAAAGUGUUGUUUGAGCAUGAUGGCGGCAAUAUCAAAGUAUGAAUUGACCUGGAGUCUCUGUGUCAGACUCACAUCGAGAACGCCAAACACCAGAAUUUCUGAGGAAAACAGGAUACACUCCCCAUGA